AUGGGGAUAAACGAGUUUUCUGAUUUGGUAAGUUUAUCUUUUAUCAAGUCUAAUUUGCCCACUGUUUAGAACCUUGAGGAGUUCCGGACCCGUCUGGGUUACAACGCCAGUUUGCAUCUAAAGGGCGGUGAUCUCCCUCAUUAUCUCUAUAUAGCCCCUCCACUCGACACUCCACUUCCGGAAUCCCAUGAUUGGAGAGGUCAUGGCCUUGUCACACCGGUCAAAAACCAGGGAAGAUGCGGCUCCUGUUGGGCAUUUUCCUCAACGGGCGCCAUUGAGGGCCAACUGAAGCGCAAGUCGGGCCAGCUGAUCAGCCUCUCGGAGCAGCAGCUCGUGGAUUGUAGCACAAAGUACAACAACCUAGGUUGUAACGGUGGUCUGAUGAACAACGCAUUCGAAUAUGUGCAAGACGCUGGGGGCAUUCAACGCGAGGUGGAUUACCCGUAUGUGUCCGGAGAGACAGAAAGCCAAAAUGACCAAUGCAGCUUUGAAAAGUCGAAGGCGGUAGCAACGGUAACAGGCUUUGUAGACGUGGAUUCAGGCGAUGAGGAGAAGCUCCGCAGAGCGCUAUAUUUUCACGGUCCCAUAUCUAUAGCCAUUGAUGCCGGGAGAGAGAGCUUUAUGUCUUAUCACUCUGGUUAGUCCCCUUUGGUGCUCUUCCCUAAAGGGAGAUUUGAUGGUUUUUUUUCUGACUUAUCUUCGCUUUUUCAUGAUUCCAGUUGCGGUUUGUAGUACAGUAGAAAUGCAGUUUGAAAAAGGCCCUAUAUAGACCAUGUCGACUAAUUAGCCUCUUUCACUAAAUUGCAGACCACUAGCAGCCGUGGGAAGCCGCAAGUUGCCUGUUAUUAAUUCCAUUGCGAAAGCCCUUUAGGUUGACCAUAGAGAUAGUGUUGUGGUCCCCACCACCUAGUAGUUUGUAUGCACGACAGCUCCCAAACCAACCUUCAGACCCCAUUUUCGGCUUAUAGCGAUUGACUAACUUGAAGUUUCCCCCCCCCCCCCAAUUUUGCAAACGUUUUUGGGUAAAUCUUCAUUUUUUUCUUGUUUAUAGGUAUUUAUGAUGACCCAAAUUGUCAGAACGCAGCAGAUGAGCUUAAUCACGCUGUGCUUUUGGUCGGUUAUGGUGUGGAAAAGGGCAUUCCAUAUUGGCUGGUAAAGAACAGUUGGGGACCAAGGUGGGGCGAAUCCGGGUACAUUCGAAUCAGACGCAACAAGAAUAACCUCUGUGGCGUGGCCACAGCAUCAUCAUUUCCCCUUGUUGAGCCCUUGGGAAAGAUGGAAAGCUGUAAACCACAGUCAUUUUAACCUUUUUCGCUCUCCGACCCCUGCUUUUUAAAUGUAUGAGGGGAACUGCUUCUGUCCAAUUAUUCGCUAUGUACAUUUUAAAGACUUGUGGAUUUGUACCUGUUUUACAAUGUGUUUAUGUGCUUCGAUGUGUCAACCUCUAUUGGUUGGUUUAGUAAUAAGCUUUUUCAUCCCAUGCGAUGCCUACUACACAAAUAAAUAACAUUGCUCGCCAAAGAACGUUUUGGACAGGACGCAUGAAUCAUGUCACGUUAUCAGAAUUUUGUUUCUUCGGAGCAAAAUAGAUGUUUCAUCCCAAUUAAGCUGGCAAUAUACGAGCACACGAAUGGAAAUGCUGAAAAACUUUACAGGCUAAUUAUUCGACAGGGGCUACCAGUUGAAAAUUUUUGCUGCAGCAUUUCGAUUGUUAGAACGUCAUGCUCUUUUUACUGACACCUGGUUUGGCUGUAAUCAUGCCUGACCCUUCCACGCGAGUUUAGGAGGAUUUUGCCAAAAUUUUAAAGGCGGAUUUGGGGAGCCCGACCCACUCACUUUAGAGUUGGGAUCGAAGACCCAAGAGCCACAUCCAAAACUCUACGGACCGUGUUAAGAUGGGGUUUUGGGCGAACCUUUUUGCAUUCAUUUUAUCAUAGCUUGACUAACAGGGCGAUAUCGUUGGCUUAGUCGUGGUCAGCCGGUCAGUGACCAGGUUCAAAUUCCGAGUCGUUACUACCGUGCGGGUGCCUUUAGAGAAUCUGGUCAAUGAUGCAGUUGGACAGGAUACAAUAUUUUGGUAUGGCAGUCCGAAUAUUCAGACGGUCCGAGCGGGCUGUUGCGGACCAGAGCUCGAACGGUGGUGGUGCUAUAGCAGAUUCUGAUCAUAGUGACGGCCCUUGGCGGCGUGCCCAUCAACUGCACUAUCCGUUACGGGGACUUGCGAUGAAUAGAGUCGAACGCUGCAGCGAAGUCAACAAGGCAGACGGCCGUCGGUAGCCAAACCGACGUUCAAGAGUGCACCACAGUGUGAGCGUUUGGUUGGUGCAUCCGCAAUGGACUGCAGAACCCGGCUUUGCUGAGUCCUGCUCUUGAGCAGCGCACACUCCGAAACCGCCCAAGAAUUGUAAUGGCAAAGACUUGGAACAAUUUCGGUGAGACCUGUGCCGCGGCAUAGUUCCCACACUGUCUCGUCGCCCAGUAAUCAGGAACAACCUAAUCUUCCUAUGCCCCAUCAAGUCACGGAGACAGCCCGCCAGAUUGUCAAUGUGCGGCUUGUAGGCUUCGGUGGGACGCAAUUCUCUCCGAGCACCUAGUUAUGCAGCCUCAGCGUUGAGUCCAUAGGGUGACUAGGUUGCAUAGGCAGGAGAAGUUUAGAGCUACAGCGAAGAGAGCCAGGGUGACUGGUUGGUCAUCGGUGUUGUAGGGUUGCUAGGAGUGCUUACGCCAACAUCCGACUCUGGCUGGGCUGUCAGCUAUAAAACCGCUAUGCACAUCGCGACUAGUCAGCACAGAGGGUCUGCCACUAAUUUUGAGAAUGAUUUGGCAGUUUGCAAAAAUCACUGACACUCAAGGUCUGUUCUACAGAGACCACCACUUCGGCUCAAUAGUUUUUACGGCAAUCGCUAACCGACUUUACCCUCAUUUUGCUUCGUGGGUGGCAGAGAUCGUCGUUGCGGAACAUAGAUUGAGUUGCCUGAACAGGCAUCUAUGGGUUUCUUAAGCUGCUUCAGUCAUUGGCCGACGGUAGGCGAACCCGACAGCUCUAAGAUGCCUCUCGAACUGAGGAUUUAAGCAGUGAUCAAUAUGACUCGUCCUAUUUCUUCAACAGCAGCCUUUAAGCCACAAUGGAAACGCGAGCUGUACAGAAUAAGCACGACCAAUCAGGAAUCAUAUCUUCCCCAUAUCCGUUGGGGACUACAGUAUCACAUCCACUUUACUUUUGACUGGGGGUAUGGGCAACCCAUCCGGGGGUUCCCAUUCAUAGUCACCUUCAAUUUUCGAAGUAAAUUGUCCUACCAGGUCGGAAAUGCUCGAGCAUCGCCAUGAUAACCUCCGACAGUCAUAACGUCUGGUGUAGGCUGGCCGAACACUUCUGACUGUCGAACCCUGCAUUCAGGCUGUGAACAUUGACUACGAAUGGGUCUAGACAGUGUGAAUAACCGGAUACCCUGUUUUCUGGUUCCGUGCUCCCUAGCGUUGACUAAUUCUUGGCAAGAUUGACAAGCAGUGUUAUGACAUCACUUUGAGCGCCUGGGGAUGCGUCAGAUACACAACAAGCAUUAGCAUCUGGGUAGUAGAAUGUGCUGACGAGAACGUCUAGCUGACCAAGUUCGUGCAGGUUAGAUACCAGGCCAUCAGGAUAGGUUAUAUCGAAGAGUAGGCAAUGUCGAUUGCGACCUUGACAAUUAAAUAUUGCGACCAUUUUUUGAAAGACAGCAUAAAAUGACCAUUGGCCAUUUGGCCUCAUGUGGAGAUAGCACUUACUUUUCUGAAAGAAAAGAUGCAUUUUAAAAGCGAACUGACAUUAACAGAACUUCCAGCGCCCGUUUGCUGAAACCGGGCACUCACACAAUACUCUCGGACGAAACGGAUGAUCCAAGGCCAACCAAAGGUCAGUAUCAGAGAAACUGAGUCCAACAAGCGCGACCGUCCCUUGCUCUGCUUGAACUCUCGCCGUCUUGAAGCGGCAGUCGGCAACAAAUUGUUAGACUGUUAUGAAAAGAGGCAUCUCACGUUUCCUGUCGGUUGCGACGUAGUUCAUGUCGAGCCAUUUGCGUCGUAGAAACCGGUAGACAAUUACGCACACGCCAGGCAGUAGAAAGCAUUGAGGCCUUGUCCACGAUGACAGUCCACUAAGUCUGAACCGGACAAAAGUUUGCCUCUUAUCAUGCCGAAAUCAUUUGCCGUAGGAACGACUGGGCAUCCAGUAGGCACUUGAGAUCUGGCAUACAACUACGGCAUCCAUAAAUCACUGCAUAGCUGUGAUCAUAACUGGGAUCUUUUGGUAACAUGUCAAAAGGUGGGGCGUUCAUUGGGACGGGUGUAUUUGUUUUUAUACGUUUCAGGUAUCGAUUUCGGGUAGUUAUCUCCGAAAACCGUACAUGUAUGUGCACAGCUUUCUUUACAUUGCGCUUUGGCUACAGAUGCAUGUUGUCUGGCGCAUGGACCACCAAUACUAGCCGUGGGUGCGAAGUUGGUCCCCGUUUUGCGUUACUCCCACCCUCCUUAACCGCAGCCAUAAUUGGCGGUCCCGACAGUCUGGUCUCGCGCCCACCUCUUAUCAAGUACGUUUACAAGGCCCGGUGGGGUGUGAUUUUAUCGCGGCGGUAUAAGCCAUAGCAAGAUCCUAGCCUUUACGACCCUCAGCCUCAGUUCCAAACAGAAAGAGAAGAACUGGGAAGCCAGAAUGUUGUAAUUUGCCUGGAACUACUAGAAAACUUGGUAGGAGCUGGCGGUCGGACGAGGGCACGGCCGACGCCGCGAGUGUGAGACAGUGGGGCAUCCUCCAGCUCCUUCAACGAGGUCAUGUCUGGGUCAGUCUCGAAGAUGAUUGGCCAGUUUGAACAGCCGAGAACCGGACUGCAAUUGGUGCGCACGUACAGGUGGUCGCGAGAGCCUCAGUGCUGCAACAUGCGCCUAGAGUUGACCCCUACAGUUCGCGAGCGUCGGCGUGCACCGUGCGCCCCCCGGGUGGGCGCAGCACGAGUGACUUGUGUGCGAACUAGUUCAUCGUGAGGCUGACUAGCGCGGCCUCUGUCGCAUUCCCCUCUCACUCAACUGACUCCGAUGACAAGGUCAUGUUAAGACGCCCGGAGGUGGGCUAGGGCGCGGUGGUUGACAAAGCUAAACAAUCCAGAAUAGGGGGCGGCUCAGGCAUCACGUUCGUGAGAUGGCCAUAGAGGCCACAUCAUGAAGGAGACAUUGAAGUUGACUCCUAGUCACCCCACGUUUACCAAGCGCCGACCACGAGGACCGAGUUAUCCAGUUUGCGGGCAACCUUCCAGGCCAUGACUUUUGACGCAUCGUGAUAUUUUCGGAGCGCGUCAAAUGUAUUAUUAGUGAGUAAUGCACUGUGGGGAUGGGUUCAGCGGUACCGGUUUAAUUCUUUCCUCCCCAUCCCGUACACCAGUUAACCGUCCGAGCCUGCUGGUCCUGCGAUUGGACUCAGUGGCUGAAAGAGCUGCAACAUCCCCUCUGGGCAGGCCACACACACGACGUGGUUAGGCACCAGGUUGCGCCAAAGGACAUGACGUGGGCGGUGCGCGCACUCUGUAUGUGUCGGGUGUUCUGAGGCGGGCUAACGGUGGGCUGGUGGGACGAGGUGUGGUUGUGGAAUAAGGGCCGCGGCGUUAAACUGCAGAUGUUCAUGAAGGUGCGCAUGGAAGGUCCUUGGACAGCGUGUGUGUGUGCAGGUGAAACGGUUGCGACGGGUGUAUAUUGGGGCUCCUGACACUGAUAGGUCAUUUUCACUGCGACGGAUUCUCAAGUACCCAAUCAGGCUCAUGUGUCAUACGGUGACGACAAUAUUGGUGGUGGACUUUGUAGUGCUGGUGGGAGGGGAGUUUCCAAGUGCAGGAGGUGCUUUUGUCGGCAUAGGCACACGGCAAGUUAGACCCAUGCGGUGUGUGAAUUACCUGAGGAGUGUAUUCCGGGUCUACAGGUAAUUGUUUAACAGAUAUGUGCCACGAAUUCGCAAGUGAUCGACCAGGCUUAUGCGCGAUUGGAAAGUGCAACUGCAAUGGUAGUAGGUUAGAAUUAAAUCCACAUCAUUGGUGGCGGGGGCAGCGGUGGUAACGCUUGCAUGUCGGUGCGUGUUCUACUUAGUGUUGUUUGUUAUGACGGUAGUGGUGGCGUGAGAGGGGAAGGAGUCUGAGGUCGACCGUGGGGACUGCAUCCCCACGGAACUCAGCGUAUAUUCCUCAAUACAAGUAACCAGACGCGCUUUUAAGCCGUCACUGUAAUCUAGAAGCUAUAGUCUGGAAGACUUCCAAAUGACGAAAUAACACGGUCCUUACUCCAGGACGGACAGUCAGGCUGCAUUGCCCUCCCCCCCCCAUUUGGGAUCCAAGCCGUCCCCUUAUUCUAAUUACGUGAAAUCCUGCCUCCUCGUGCUCGGACCAGGCGCGUGUAGUCUACGAGUUGAAAGUCUGCGAGCCACGGUCUGCAUGUAGAUGAGGCAAUCUCUGCAUUUGCUCAGGGCAUCCUUUCUAACCCCAUUCCUCGCAAUGGGGCAGCAGUGUUGUCUCUAAAUACGGCUGCUUAAACAUCCCAGACGGUUGCCGAUCUCCACCGUGGGUCACGGCUUUGCUUAGUACGAGAGUGACCUGAGUUAGUUUGGAGUCAGCUGCGCCACACACCUGCAUCCACCUCCGCCUCUGCCCUUCUUGACUCUGCCUUGGCACGGGGCUCAAUUGGGAGGACGAGAGAGAGAGAGAGAGAGAGAGAGAGAGAGAGAGAGAGAGAGCGGUAGAUGCAGCGCAAGUCCACACUCACUAUAAAUUAGCCCACGCGCAAGUCACCGUGCCUGCUGCACCUUGCUGUGGAGUACACGGUGUGUAUCGUCGGAAACGCCAGUCGGGCUGUCUGGGCCGCCUAGGAAUUUGCAUGUUGCCCUCUCCGUAGGAAUUUUUGAAGUGGAAGGGAGGAAGGGAUGAAAAUUACUGCCCGGGGAAACACAAAACACCAGAAACCCUCAUCUAAUUCAGGCCGCCGAUCAAGCUGAUUACCAGGGGGGGGCUGCUAAGCAGAACAUAACUUCGAAAAGCCACAGAUUAGAGUUGAGUGCCAGUUAAGGAUCGUGCGGAGAAGUCAUCAUUUGAAUGGCGCGACUUAUCAGACCUACGCUGUUUGCCCCCUAGCUAGGCACUUCUACAUCUCACCCAAUCACUACAGCUGGGACGUCGUUUCCUACGAUGUCCAUCGUGUGGUUUAAAGCAUGGCGGGCGGAGGGAUGGUAACUUGCACGGGAAUUAGUUUAUAAUCCUCGUAGAGUUGCGCUGCAUCUGCCGCACUUUCUCUUCCUCACCGAAGUGGACCCAUCUCAUGACAUUGUCAAGAAGACCGGAGGCGAGAGAGGGCGCAGUCGACUGACGCGGCGUGAGUCUGCGCCUAGAAGUGCAACCACACUCCCCUUCGUGACAUUUGUUAUGGGUGCACAUUACCAGUAACGCCUGUUGUACCCUGAUCUGGCUCGCGUAUUGGUCUAACGCAUCCACCGCGUGGCCCAUUUUAGGGAUACACAUGCCCACACACCAGACGCUCAUCUGGGUGAACCCGCCGGUCAAGGACGCUUACCAAGGUGUGUCCACCGCUCUAAGCACGACUUCGUGGGGCCACAGCUGAAAGCUUGGGUGACGAGACGGGUCGAAGCAAAGUAUUCGUCAGGUCCAUGGAUGCAUUCGAUGGGGAUUAUCAGUGUACUGUUUAUCGGCGCUUCCUACCGCCCUAAUCGUGCGCGCACUGCCAGGCCCAACUGACAUCGCCCAUGCUACAUCUUCGUGCAUAGUACUUACCGGAAUUGCAUGUGUGUGUCGUAGGAUAUACUCGUCAGUAUAAUAUUAUGUGACCUUCAUCCAAGUGGAUCGAUGGACUGGGCGUGACCGUGCAGCUGCAGCGUGGUCUCCGCCCACGACACUCUGUACACCCCAGUGCAAGUGGGAUAUAAGGAAGUUUGCACGGUAAUUGACUGAGCUGUCGGUCGACAUACAGGAGUCUAGCUCUUGCCUUGAUAUGUGAUCUUCAUCCCAACCCACAAUCUCAAUUAUGCUAAAGUUGAAAAUAUGUCCCAUCUGUGCGACAUUGAUAGUCAACUCCAACUUCAAGUCUAGCCUUCGAACGGGAAACUGGUGUUCAUACAUCCGCGGUUGUAGUUCUUGCCUAGUUUCUCGGAUACAUUUGCACACCCCGCAACUGUACCGAAGUCGAUAGACAGCAACUGACUUCCGCUAUUCAGGGAUAGGAUUAAUUACUGUGAGAGAUCUGGUUACGCUCUCUGACAUGCCGUUAUCUGGACUCCGUGGACUUCUAAUUUCGCUUUCUGCCAACCAGUACUCAUGUUUAUCGGCUGGCUCUAAAGAGCUCUCGGAGGCGCUUGACCAGAUCCCGUUUGGCGAUUGGUAUACUGUUGUGAGUCUCAGUCUCCUGUGCAGCAUACGUACACAGUAUCGUUCGCGCCACAGCGGGAAACUGUCACUGUAAGUCAGUGUUUGCCGUGUUAAUCUGUCUCCUGCACAGCAUCGUUGCUAGUUGACCGUCGGAUUGGCGACGGACAUUGACAUCUAGAGACGGACGUCAGUAUUUCGGUGCCUUUAUCGUUGGCUGUGACUCCAGGGUAAUGAGUUCAGUUGUUCUUUACGCACAUAACUCUGGCCCUACCGAAUCCGAUAUGACGCUUUAUGCUUAGGUAGGAUGGAAUGCAUUUUGGAGGCAUUCGGCAUUAUGUAAUUUUUGUAAACAUUCAUGGGCGUGCGUUCUGCACAAUCUCCUAACAAGGAAAUCCUGAGAGCGAACAAGUUCAACGCGGAAAUGUCAGAAGGUCACUAUCAAGCACUGUGACCAGAAUGGGGGGCACCAGGCCCUUCCGUUAGACUGUAGCUAACGUUAAGUUGGGAAGAAACUUUGGAGGACCCAGGCGCUCUAUACUGAGGACUCAUUUAUGCUCCCGUAAGCCAGUUAUAAUCCCCAGCCAACAUUUGUAAACAGAAACACAAAAUGUAAAUAUUCCACAGGCAAGGCCAAAUGGAGGCGUUAGGAGCACGAAUAAAGCAGACGGUCCUACUCGGUGUCGGUUAUAAUCUACACGAGAGUAGGAUAAGAUUCGCUUCACCCACUUAUCCACAAAACGCUGACUGAUAGCGAAACAUAGGUCGAACAUCGACCAGAAAGCACCUCGUCCGCGGCCGAUUCAUGUUUGUGUGCGCUUAUGUGUGUUCACACCCUUCCAAACGAGCUGCGCGUCGGGUGCGAUGAACCGUGGCACGCAGUUGCUGGCCAACACUGUCUGCAUGAAUCCCUAACUAGAGUCGUGCAUGCUUGCGGGAUCCUUGCGACGAAGGUAAAAGCCACGUUAGGCUCUGCGCUCAUUCUCGCCACCAGCCGACCGAAAGGCUCUGGCGGUCAGAUGUGGUUGUGUAGUCGCACCUGAGGUAAAUAAACCCCAGCCACCUGUAACAAGGGACCGGUGCUAAUAGGGGUUUUUACAGGUGGGGUCGGGGAACGCAGAGAUGACGAGGUCAAGUAACUAUAUGCGACAGAAGGGCUAUUGGGAAUGCGCGGCUGUACUUUGAGUGUUAGAGAAAUAGUUACCCUAACCCUUAACCCUAACCCCUAACUCUAAUCUCUAACCAUGACCCUAAGCCCUAACCCUAACCCCAACCCUAGCUCUAGUCGCAGCCCUAAACCAUAACCCUGAAACAUCCAACGUGAAAUUUAGAAGGAGACGACAGGCCGAAAGUCAAGAGGGACCACCGACAUUAGGCCGAAAAAGGUAGACCUUGUUGGCAGUGGUGGACAUCGUCGCCUGCGGCGGACGGGCUAUCGUGUAUGCACUUUGUGUUGGCUGACGGUAUUGUUGGUUGAUCUGGGACCCGGUCAUCUCAGGACGGUAAAAAUUAUCGCCGAGCAUCUGUUGUCCCAGUCUCCAUAUCGCAACUCUGUCUCCCACUGUCGCUCGCCUGGUCGCUUUUCAGCUUAGUAGACAAUCACCUACCAGUUAGUGGUGGAGUUCACUUGAACUUGAAAGCUAAGUAGAUCGGUUCGUGCCUUUUUCCGUGGGAAUGCCUAAAGUUCUCAACCGUCCCAAGUAUCAUUAUGAUUACUUUCUGGUCAGCUAAAGUAAUCAGGUGCCAAAUUUCAGUCAGAGAUUGGACCGAUGACUAUCCUCUCCGAGGACAAUGACCUAUGCAUGCAAGGGAGGUCGUAUUCUGCUUCCUCGUGCUUUGGUUCAGUGGCAAGUUUUUGUCAAAAUAACCGGGGACUCGUUGUGAUGUCAUGACCUUAGUCCAUGGCUGCAGUGCUUUACUGGUUCCUGAGAGUCUACACUCUGGCAAUUCAUGGUUCGCAAAAUAUAGGCUUCGUCGUGGGCCCUUUACUUAAGCUCCUCCCCAUGCUCGAGUACUGUAGUUGCAUUAACAACAGUUUUCUAUGCAACAGGUCACGCGAUCAAACCUUGCUCGUGACUGCUCUUUCUCAGCUGGCAUAUGUAGAUCAUAACCCCGAAUAAAUAAACGUGACAUGUCACCAGUUUUCGCCGAUCGUACGGUGCAGCUGAAUAGUUUUCAGACUUUCACGCCGUUCAGAAAUUAAUUGAACCUUUGAAAGAGUCGUUUUACAAGAAACUGCUUUCUUUUAAUAAGACUGUUAACUGGAACAUACGUCUUGCUGUGGAAAGGAACAUAAUUAUCCGAAAUGCACAUUCGCAUAUAAACUAUUCCACUUCCGCAAUAUAUAACAGUCGGUCCAAAUAGGUUUUAAGGGAGACGAUAAGGGUUACAACUGCUAUCUCUGGGUUAAUUUCUGUUUUCAGACAGCUGAAAGCAUACAUAAAGUCGGAAAGACUUGAUAGCUGGCUCAGCUAUAGCACUGUCGAGUUGUAAAGAGCCAUCCUUACUAUCACAAAAUCUUGGUAUAGGUCUGGAGUUACUAGUCUGCCCCACAACCCCGAAUUCGAAGGCGGCUGGACUAACUUAAUGGAAUCCAGAAUGUUGUCAUUUUCCUUAGCUUCGUUAGACGGAGAAGACAAAGGGCGUAGCUAGUAAAAUUUUCAUUCGUAGGCUACCACUGCAUUGUGUUUGAAUUAACUGCAGAUGCCGGUGUGCGCCUACCAUUAUUGCAAGUUCACCUAUGUACCAUUUGACACUCAAACCAUUUAAACAUUUCGACAAGUUUUUCAAGAGCUUCGGUACAUACAGAAAAAUUACCUUGCCUUAUUUAAUCUCCGAGGAAAUUAAUGCGCGAACUUGGAGUAAAUUCUUCAGAACAGACCUUUUCAGGCACAGUCCAAAUUUUGAUAUGAAUAUUUGAGCUGAAAUCCAUCAGCUACUGCGGAAUGACCGCGCAAUAUUCAUAAACGGCCAACAGGCAGCCGAUAGUAUAGAAUUGUGCAAUUAUUUACCGUACAGACAACACAGGUACAAGUUAAAAGCUCAGACACGCUUGUUUCGUCGAUCUUGUUCUGCUACCUGACGAAGGAUUUACUCCAAGUGCGCGCAUGAAUUUCCUCGGAAAUUAAACAAGACAAGGUGAUACUGGAGUUUAUAUACUAGAAAACACACGGGGAAGGCUGGAGGACCCACUGAUGCGCCAAGCCCCUCGUAGCUGCGUCAGGCAGCGGCAGAAAAUUCGGCAAAACACGCGUGUCUGGGCUUUUGGCUUUUACCUCUCUUGUUAGUACGGUAAAUAAUUACGCAAAUAUUUCCUCCCAGUUUAAGCUCCAUUUACACAAAGGGGCAAGAAAUGUGAAAUAAAAGUUUGGUCAAAUAGGCAAAACGAGACAUUACUGCUUUGACAAAAGGAAGAUGGGUGUAAAUUCACGUUUGAUGAGGCCGAAAUCCCCAGGAGAGUUGACGACCGAGUGAGCUACGAGUUUCUUUAGUCAUGCUUCUUCGGCUCACUGUCAAUUAACAAGCGCACUGAGCUCCGCCGUACACAUUCUCUGUUCAGACUUUCAUAUUGACCCGACUGCGGAAAACUCGGCGCCUCCGUGGAAUUCGAACCCACGCAAUAAGGGCAAGGCUUCAGUACAGCCAACGCUCUAACCACUUGAGAUACGAGGCCUCCAGACGUUUCUGGAAUCCACCAAAUCUCAUACAGUAAGUUGACCGCCCAAGCAGGAUUUCCUAAGUAAUUAAUCUAGAUCCCACCAGAUGAUUACCAGGCUCACGUAAUUCAUAGACGUUUUGGCAGACUUUGAACAGUUCACAUUGACCCAACUGUGAAAAACUCGACGCCUCAGUGGAAUUCGAACCCACACAAUUAAAGGAAGGCUUUAGUACAGCCAACGCUCUAACCACUUGAGCUACGAGCCUUCCACUUACUGCGUGGGUUCGAAUCCCACCGAGGCGCCGAGUUUUUCACAGUUGGGUCAAAUAUGAAUUAAUCAAAAUCUGCCAAAGCAGCUAUGUAUUCGGACUUUGUCUGCAUAGAGUGAUUAUCCACGCCGGUGAGCUCUAAUCCCAGUUGUCAAGAGGGAGACACGAUCGCUAGAACAAGAGGUCUGUUCGCCUGACUUCUCGUACUCCCGCUCGAACCCAUCAUCAGAGACAACAACAUAUACGAGUAGUUCAUGUACAAGGAGCUACAGUAUUUUUAGAAUGCAGUCGCCAUGCUACCGCAUACUUAUGAAAAUUCAUGGCUCUCCCCCUCUUCAUCAGGGAUUGUUACAUUUGGUGUGAUGGUUUCUCGAUGGCGGACAUUCUAAUCGUUAUUCGUUGCAUUGUCAUCAUUUGUUUUGGAUGUUGGUGUGAUGAUUGCUCAACCAUCUGGCCACCGAACCUGGAGUUGGGAAUAGUGUUUGCCUGUGCGCUCCCGGCGUGGCUAAUUGCACUGCCUAGGCGAAGUCUCAGCACCGAGUAUGAAAGGGGAGGUCAUUGCACUCGUUACUGAAGUGGGGGCCAGUGAACCAUGACUAAGAGAGUUCGAGGCUCACGUGAUUGUUCCCUCUGGCGAGAAUUUCGGCCUCGUCGAAUUCGAAUGUGCGGCUGGAUCUCGUCUAAUGAGCCGCAAAUUGAGAGUUGACGCCGUUUCUCCGCACUGCUGUCGCGUGUUCGGCCACUCCCUUACGGAGCAGUCCUCCGGUUUCGCUGGCGUAGUUGCUUUUUCUGUAACGCACCAGAUCAGGUAAACGACUCCAGCCGUUUCUUGCCUUGCUAGCGGGUCCUUCGGUCUCAUGAUGGUUGCCUCCGGUCUGUGCACAACUCCAACCUAAAUUGGUCCGAUAAGGCGGCCAAGGGCUUCCGAAACGUUCUUGACGCACGGAAGCGCUUGCAAAAAUUUGGGAAUCACGUGAUCCUCGAACUCUCUUAGUCAUGGUUCACUGGCCCCCACUUCAGUAACGAGUGCAAUGACCUCCCCUUUCAUACUCGGUGCUGAGACUUCGCCUAGGCAGUGCAAUUAGCCACGCCGGGAGCGCACAGGCAAACACUAUUCCCAACGCCAGGUUCGGUGGCCAGAUGGUUGAGCAAUCAUCACAACAACAUCCAAAACAAAUGAUGACAAUGCAACGAAUAACGAUUCGAAUGUCCACCAUCGAGAAACCAUCACACCAAAUGUAGCAAUCCCCGAUGAAGAGGGAGAGAGCCAUGAAUUUUCAUAAGUAUGCGGUAGCAUGGCGACUGCAUUCUAAAAAUACGGUAGCUCCUUGUGCAUGAACUACUCGUAUAUGUUGUUGUCUCUGAUGAUGGGUUCGAGCGGGAGUACGAGAAGUCAGGCGAACAGACCUCUUGUUCUAGAGAUCGAUUGCUUCCAUGAACUCGUCUCUUUGCUUCUAUUGACUAAUCCCAGUGUCGUUGUCGACGCGCCAAGUGGCCGAGUAGUUAUCACAUCAACAAAUAACACGAUGGAUGAAAUUACGACAAUUAACGAGUCGGCUGCUGGCAGUCAAGACAUUAUUAUACCAAGUCCAUCGUCUGCGGUAGAUGCAAGAGACCCUAAUUAUGAUAGGUAGGCAGUGAUAUAGCAGCUGCAUCGUAUAAAUACUGCAGCACUUGUGCAAACGGUGCUCUUUUCUAGUGCAAUUUCUGAUGCCGGAUUCGAAUGUGAAUCUGAAAAAUCUGGCAGAUAGAACCUGUUCCAGCGGUAAUGCCUCCCUCUUUCCAACUGUCCCCUCGGUCUCGCACUUUUGUUUGCUUUCAAUGGAGGACCGGUAUGCUGUCUGCAAAACGUUCGCAUCGUUUGGCGAAAGUGCUCUCUAGAAAUUUUGGCGACCCAUUCCAGCUGCUGCAGCCGGUUACAGUUAGAUCCCGGUAAACGGACAUCUUACUAUUCUAUGUUCCCAUGUUCUUUAUGGCCCAUAUUUAGCAUUUGACGAAUUGGCGUUGCAAAUUCCCAUAACGGAAUACCUCAAAUAUCAAACUAAAAUUAGAUUAAAUUUUGUUUCUUAAGUAACUUGAACUGUCACCGGAAAGUGGUAGAGGCAGCAAAUGACUGAAUUGUUCUGUCAGCUAAAGUAACCAAAGUUCAGCCUCGAAUUUGUCUUUUGACAUACCUGGUCAGCUCAUACAUGCAAGCAUAAUGAGCUCAGGUGAGGAUUCUUAUAAGACUUAAUGAAAUUUCCCCCUGAUCUUUGUAGACUCGAACAGUACUGUUCAAGUAGAGGACUUUAUCCAUUUUAGGGCCCUAAAUGACAUGUCUUACCAAAGGCCUUUAGUCUUCAUGCUCGAGAAACACCAUCUCUAGCCCAGUGGAUAAUAAUUAAGAGGAGUUCCACGGGAUUAGUCGCCCACAAUGAUUUACCGACAAGACAACCAAAAUGCCAGGAGAGGAGUUUGAAUGAAGUGUCUAGACAGGAAUUUGCCUGUCUUACGGACGUCGAACACAUUCUAGUUGAUUACCAUUAAAUAAGCCAGACUUUCAUUGCACGGGUUAUCCAGCAUUGAAACCAAGUCCAGUUAUAGGUCCGAAACAACAACAACAACAACAACAACAACAACAACAACAACAACAACAACAACAACAACAACGCCUCACAAUUUAGCGACCAUUCCAAGUAGUUGACGAACCUCAAGCUAAAAUACAAGUGAAUGCACAGAAAAGUGUAUUCACACUUAAAAGAAUUGAUAGGAGAGUUGUUAUUUCCGAAGGAAAUUAUUUUUAAAAGAGUGGACUUAUUCUUCUUUUGAUAUCGUACGACUGAUGUUAUGACAGAUCUAGCAAGUAAAUGGCAUUUGAAGACGCACAGAGGUCAUUUCGUUGCCGCUUACUCUACGACCAUUUGGUGUUAGACAAAUGAAUUUAACGCCUUGCUGUUUCCCCAGUAACUAACUGAGUCAUCAUUUUUUAGCAUCUCCUUUAACGUUUCGGUGGAUCGUAAAGGUCAAAUCUACCUAUUUCCUUUGGCAGUGCUUUUACGCCCAGAUUUCCGUCCAUAGUAUCAACCCUUUCCAGCUAGACCACGGGGUCACGGGGUGAUGAUUUCCGUUGAAUUGGAACGCCUGUUCCGUACCUAAAUCACUAAUAUCUGCUUGUUAUACAGUAAAAUGGGUAUACAAACGCUACUGUAACUGGACUUUAAGUACCGAAUACCACAAAUAGGCAGGUCGGAAACCCGAGGUAGUACAGUGAGCUUCAUGAGUAAAGAGACCAGGGGUUCAAAUUUCCGGUCGUCCUGAUCCGGACUUGGCCUCGACUGAUCCGAGACGACAAACAACCCCAAAAGAGCGCUCUCGUCUCUUUUUAUUCUUGUUAGUAGCACUUACGCGCAACUGAUUGAUCGUCCUGCGAUAAGACCAGAUCGUUGAACGGUCACUCACACUGAAUCCUAAUUAGCAUCCACUAGAAAGUUAAGAAAUAAAGUGCAAACGGUCUCCUUAUAGUCUGAAAAUUUUCCAACUAGAGUGUCUGGGUCUUUUUCGAAGUUUAAUUCAUCCAAGUUUCCCCAAAGUUCAAUCAAAUUUUGGUUCCAGGAUGAUAACACCCUUCAUGGGAGGAAGCUUUAACGUACGGUAUGGCGGCCUUUUGAAUUUGAGCCACCAUUUUUUCUACUAUCCAAUCACGUGAUAUUUGUCUUAAUUGUACAUCAAUUGGCUUAUUUUAGUCAAUGCAUCCUGCUUUUUAUCCACUUUGUCUGAAUUGCAAUUAUGAAGUCAAAUGCACUCUGGAAUAGCGUCGUUUCAGAGGAAAUGCGAUCUAGAGUAAAUGUUAUGCAGAAUUCACCGACGAUUGUCAAUGAUGUCAAGGUCUGCCACAUUUGCAACCCUUCGAUGCUAUUUAUUUCACGUAAUCAUAUCUGUCUACAGCAAAUGAAAGACGAUUUUGCCGAAAAUUUCAAAAGAUACUUUCGUAAUAAAGCGCACCAUUCGUACUCGGUCGGGUCCUUAACCCAAAUGCACUUAGACCGCUUGUCGUUGUUGUUAAGGCGCUCCAGCAAGUCUUUGCUGUCACAUGCAAUAAGUGAGUGCGGAUCAGUCGACCUAUGAUUGAUUUAACUGGCCGCUCGAUCCUAUCAAGCAUGACAUGUGAUGCGCAAAUACAAGAAAUACUACAGCCAGAGUCGUUUCUCGGCACCUCAGGAAGCCCCUUUAUGAGAAGGACCAGUGAGCUUGGAGCUGAUGGACUUGUAUCUCAAGUCUGUUGACUAUAUAAGGGUUUCUCCAGACCAAGUGGAAGUGUAGGCUUUGACACAUUUUGAUGCUUGCCUUCUAGGUCGGACUGGUGACACCCUAGAAAGAAAACCUUUUGAGCGAAUUACUCUCUCUCUGUCUUUUCGGGAGUUUAGCGGACGAUGUUAAGAGAUAGCGUUUGCGGUGAGGAAGGAUAUUUGUUGUUUUCUCUACGUGAGUGGACCUCCUGGACCGGCACAGUAAAACGGUUUGGGUUGGUAACGACGUCAAAGGCUGCACCGACUAGAAAUAAUUAAAUCACAGGAUUUCGGUUUGCCUCGCCUUAAAUCAACAGAACAGUUCACGGCAUGUUAGCCGUCGUAAGUCAAACAUAUCCGACCCCGAAAUACGCAAGCCGCGAGGCUCAAACUCGCGAUUUGUUGGUUCAAAGUUCAGCGUCCUAACCACGGGCUCGUUGUCCUACCGGCUUCGAUCGGACAGGGGUAGAGGAGUGAACUCCGUAACGCAAUCGGUGCGCGCCCCUCUACUAUUGUUAAUAUAUCCAACCGCAAUCUACAGGACAAGGAGCCCGUGGCUCAGUGGUCAGGCUGUUGGACUUCUAACCAACAGGUCGCGAGUUCGAGCCUCGGGGUCGGGUAUGGCUGACUGAUGAUGAGCCAAAAUGGCCAUCCCAGUCUAUCUUGUCUUCGUUGCUAUUGCUAUUCCGCCUAUGUUACGCGCCGCUGUGCGGUGCUGGCGGGGCUCGCCAGAGAGCCCCAAGACACAACAGGAUGAGUGAGUUACGUAACAUGAUCGAUGCGCCCUCUUCUUCCAAAGGGAGAGACGUUCGAAUGCCAUCUUAACUUUCUCCGAGAAUCCACCGCAUCAGUUAAAGUGCCAGCUAGCAAAAACCCACUCUCUUUCCUCAUAGAUGGUUAGCCUGAAGAAACAGAACAGAGACUAAAUGACAACCCAUGCGUCAUGAAAGCGAGUACUCAGGGUCUUUGCAGCAGUGGUGGGACAAAGGAAAAAUACAGACCGGCUUUGAAGGAGCAAAAAGAACAGGAUAACGAGCGUAAAAGUCUGCGAAUGUCUCUGAUGAUGGAUUCGAGUGAGAAUCCGAAACGUCAGGCCAAUAAAUUUCCUGUUCCAGUGAUCGCAUCUUCAUCUUCUGAAGUGUAGAAGUAUUUGUGCUAAGAUCAAUUUCAGUGUAUUCAGCGCAAAAUACUAGCGGUUUAUGACGAAUAAGCAUAUUCUGAGGGAUCUGGAAGCACAACACGGUCCAUCAAGGCCAGAGUAAAUAUUCAUGGAAGAGCCUCACGUCAGAAAAGGACGGAAAUGGCCGCCUUCAGGUAAGUUUGCCAGGGCAGCUAACAGGUUUAUGCUCCGUAGGGUAGACCAAUAAAGCCAAAGUCGGCGAACGUACACUUCCAACUAUUUUCCUAAUCAGGCCUGCGCAGUAAUAUACAUAAAUUACAAUACAGCAGUUAUAUCUGACAGCGGUAAAAUGAUGAGAGAUAGGACUGAAGAUGUGAAGAAACCAGGGGUUAGUAUAAGUUGGUUUCGUCAGAGGGAUUGGAAAGGGGAAUUGGGAAUUGGAAUCACCAAGUCAAGAUGGCGAGUAAUCAGGAUCUUCACAUCUUCACAUCUUCAUAUACCAACUGUACCCUGGCCUUCUCUCCAGUAGGACAGUAAGACUCGAAAUGAUCUGUCUUCAUUUCCUAAAACUUAAUACUCUCUGCGGAUUCUUUAACCUCUCUGAGUACCACGGAGCGCUGUCAUAAUCUCCAGAAAUAACUGGAAUUCGCCAGGUUUCGAAGGUCAGAAGGCAAUCAAAAAUCUACCAAUCUCCCAUCAUAUCAGUCUGAAAUCCGUGGCCAGCAAGACGCUGAAAACACUCUUUAACAAUCACUUUCGUUUCAAAGUGAAGAAAAAAUGGAAACCUUUGCAUGGCCAAGUUUUAUUCACACCGAGACACUGCACUCAUAAUCGAAUACUGAGACCGUUACAAUUCACGCACGAAUGAGACUUUGUGCAGAUUCGAUCACUAUGCCAAUUCUCAUCGCAAAUCUCCUUGAGGGAGGUAAGUCCAGAUGCGACCAGAGAGAGAGAGAGAGAGAGAUCGGGCAAGUCUUCCCCACUGCAAUCCUAUUAAUGCCGAAGUUAUCAUAUGCCGUGCUCUGCUGCCAGUCAUCAAGGUUUAGUUUUUCAUUCACAUGAUUUUUCCAUCUCCAGCGAAGGGUUGGCCGGAAGCGGUUUUGUGUACUGUCCCUCCUCCAAUCCUGAACUACUGCACAAGGCCGCUUGCAAUACGGAAAUGGUGGUAACAGGAGCCUUUUAGGAGAAGAUGCGUGGUGGUCUUAAAUAUAUAAAAGUGAGAAAAUCGUACUUAGGCCACAUGCACGUUUAGUAUAUUUAAAAAGACACUUUAUAGGAAAAUAGUUCAGGGUACACAUCUCCAUUGCCUACCGAAAGGUUUUCUGACAAACUUUGAACUAUCUUAUGGAGUAGCCGAUUUUUAGUGUGGUAUAGAUUUCGGCAUAUACUUGUUUCAGAGCCUUCUAUAGGGUUUUGUGCAGAUGAGGUCGACAUGAAUGCUUAUAGCAAAGUACCGCUUAUUUUUUCGUUGUUUCUUCCAGUUCGGCAGAUGGGUCGCUGUAUGGAUUGCAUAGUUCAGACAAGAAAACAUUGCUUACAGUUGUCUGAUAAUCUUAUCUUCUCUACCAUUAUAAUUUCGGUUUUUACACAUCUAAAUGCGCUCACCAGACAAAAACAGUUAAGUGUAGAAGUUGCAGCUACCUUUUACACAGGUCAGCCCAUGCAAUGAGAGUAGUUAUAGCACAACCACAUUUAGUCAGAAAUGACUCCUUGGGAAAUUUCACCUGUAUUCAUUUAGCCUCAUCCGUAAAACAUGAUGCGAUGCCUGUUACACUUCCUGCUUACGCAAACCAGUUAGUUCAGUGGUUAUGUAACCAGUUUGCUCAGUAGAGAUAUGAUGGGUAUCAGGCGAGUUCACAUAGUAACGGCGUCCACCGAUCUACACUGGUCACAGGAUAGAACGGCCCUCUUCCGUUCUUGGAUCCAAGUCGAUCAGUGAAUAUCACUUCUGCGUGAGUUAGCCACAUAGCUAUCCUAAAAACAUGAACAGGAAAUUUCCACUGGGCAUGAAAAUAUUCUUGAGUCCCAUUGAGAAAUUGCCAGAAUCCGACCUUUAAUGUGUUCAUAUCUCCACGAGAAAGGGAACUGAGCGAUUGGCAGGAGUUUCGACACGAAGGGUCUGCUCCAGCAAUCGACUGCGGUUUGCCACGAAGUCGGAGGUUGUCGUGGUUAGGUCCGUCAUGUGCACGUGCUAUUUCGAUCGAUAACUGAUCCACUGCGAAAAUUCAAGAAGAGUACUUCCGCGAAUUCAAGGCGAGUGCAGCACUGUGCAAGAUAAUGGUGUGCAGAGUCCUGUGCGAGGUUAGCAACCUGAUAGUCGGAGCGUCGUGCCUCAUCGUCUCUUCCCUCCUGCCAAGGUGGAGUUGCGGUGGGCUGUUUGACAGCUGUCAGCGGACACAUGGCAGAAUCGCUAUUCCUAUUGGACUCUCUUUCCUCCUUUCGGGCUGUCUUCUUCUUAUACCCGCCGUUUUGCAUCUCCUCCGCUCCAUAUUUGGCCUGGGAGCUCAGUUAAACAACACAACGAGCACGUUUCUUAUCACCGCGGCGGCUGUAGUUGCCUUCGUCGGACUUGGAUUCUACGUUUUUGUCACUCCGGUCGAACUUUCGCUUGUAAUUGCCACGAUUGGGACGACAUUCGCUAUCGCCUCCAGUUGGUCUUCCGGCAAUGUCUGUCUGGGGAUUUGUUAAGGAACUCUGGGUACUAUAACUGAAUUACAACCUCACCAUGCCUCUCAGACUGUCUACUUGUGGAAUGCGUCAUAUUUACUUCACUUGGAACGAUGUAGCGACAUUCGGUACAGCAUAUUCGCCUCUUUAAAUCAAUAAAUUCUCAUUAUUUCGCUCACCAAUUCGUUAACUGACAGAAUCAUUUGAAGGAUCGAUUAAAAUAACUGACAGGAACUCGUAUCACUGGAAUACCCACCCUAUAUUGAAGAUAAGAUAUCAUUUUAAGAAAGUCCUGCACCAAUAUAUAGGCACCUUCCAAGGAGUGCUUUCGGAUUCAGAUUGUUAUUGGAGAAGUCUGAAUGUCAUUAGCACUAAUCGUUGUCUUGAGUACAACUUUAGAACACGCGUCGUUGGCUGGCAAAGAAGCCAUCGGACUCGUAUGUUUGUUUUGCACUUGAUGAACUUGGCUAAAUAUCCCUUCUGGGCUGUACACCAUUCGUAUUACAGUACUUUUUAAUUCUAAGUGACAGCGAAUGGCAUUUUUCACGGGUACACUGGAAUGGAUUCGGAUUAAUAGGAACACGCUGAGACCAACUAUUUUACCCGAUUAAGAAUUUGUCCCAGGUAUUCAAAGUACCCCUAAGAACGUUAAACUCAUUCUUCCUUACCAAGUCGGUAGCCAAAUUUCGAGAAGGUAUAAAUAGUUGUGUAUUUAUUUACCAUACUGACAACACAGGUACUAGUUAAAAACCCAGACACGACUGUUUUGUCGAUCUUUUGCCGCUGCCGGACGCAGUUUCGAGGAGUUCGGCUCAUCACUGGGUCACCCCAACCUUCUCCAUGUGUUUUUUGGUAUAUGAACAAGAUCAGCGAAAUGCGUGUGUCUGGGCCUCUAGCUAAUACCUGUUUGUCAGUAUGGUAAGCAAUUACAAAAUUGUACUGUAGGCAAUCUAAUUCAGGAAAGUUGUAGAAAUUUACGAAUGAUUGCCAAUCGCUUGCAAACAGACACAAAUGCAUGAAUCCAAUGACCAUGUUAAUUAAAUACAACUUUUAAUGAAUUGAAUACAAAAUAAAUAUUAAAGGUAGUGCUGCGUCGUUUCAAAAUACCGACUUUAAAAAGGCGCAAAAUCCUAAAAAUAUCAAACAUGACUGUAGUUUAGUAAAGUUCGUUUCUAGAUGUACGGGAUGUCAUAUCAUUCAACAGAAUGAGUAAAUAUGAAUUAAUGUAAGUGAGUGUUGAUGUUAUUAAUGUAAUUUCAGGUAUGGCGGUUUGCCAACAGUCUACUGUCUGGGUAUAGAUUCCAAGGCAAUUUUCUGAUGAUUAAUGGUAUUCUUGAGUUGUUCGAGUUGAUUGAGAUGCGGUUCAGCAAGUGAAACAGGACUUUGCUUGAUUUUACCGAUGGAGACGUCGUAGAAACAAAAGUUUUCAUAAGGUCAGGCCUAUCGUUGACUAAUAAAUAUAAAUAGGAUGCUGGCUGCCUGUUGGCGGUUUGUGAGCAUUAUACGGUUAUUCUGCAGUAGUUGAUGGAUUUCAGCUCAAAUAUUCAUACCAACUUUCGGACCAUGCCUGAAAAGGUCCGUUUCAAAGAAUUCACUCCUAGUUCGCGCAUUAACUUUUCCGGAAAUUAAACAAGACAAGCAAAUAACGACUUAUAACCUGUAGGUGAACAAUUUCGCUGUAGACAUGAAGUUCGUGGAGAUUUACGUUAAAACAGUCGUGUUCAGAGUAAGUGUGGACUAGCCAAGCAAACGGUGCAUUACGUAUAGCUUCGGGGAAAUUUAUCAAGUGAAACUCGGAGUUCUUUAUAGACCUCCGUAGAACAAACUCUCCUCAUACAUCUAAUUACCACUAAAAAUUGCAUGCGUCGCCAUCUUGCAUUAAAUGGCAUCAUAUUUUAGCUUUAGAAGACACCAAACUAUUAGUACAGGUACUAGCUAAAAGCCCGAGAAAAUUGAAAAGCAACAAGAGCACCAUAGCUCAGUAGCAACUUUUCCGGCCAGUCAUCUGCCUCCUUCGGGUGCACCGUUCUCACCACUGCCCUAAUUGGUUGGUCUCUGGGUACUACUCCAGUGUCCCCCACUGUCGUAAAGUUCAGUCCGACCCGUGGGACUAUUUAAAUGCUCCAGUAUCAGGCUUUUGGUAGGCCCUUUGCUGUAAUAUGGUAAUUUUGCCGAAGAGGGCAAAGCAGCGACGUCGGAGGAACUGAAAGACAGCUCCGGACACGAGUCACAGACCACGCGGCUGCAGUGCGGAGCAAUGAUGACAACUCCCAAGUCGUGGCACAUUCUUGAGCCAUGGUCUACGGGGUCUUAGUCUAUUAACAUGUGCAUUGACCUCAGUCCAUAUUCGGUGCUGAGGCUUAGUUUGGCCAAAGUAAGUAGCCACUCAGGGAACGCGCACGCCGGUGAGCCAUGUGGCCGAGCCAUCAUUACACCAGCAUCCAACACGAUUUAUUGAAUUUCAAUAAUUAGCGACUUGCAUGCCGGUCAUCAAACAGUUAGCACAUCAGAGGACAACCAUCCUCGAUGAAAGGGGAAGCCGUCAGCUGUCAUAGGUAUGCAGUGGCGUAUCGACUGGAACUUCCUGUUUAUGAAUUACCCGUACCUGAUACUGCCUUUAAUGAUGGGUUCGAGCGUGAGUCCGAAGCGUCAGCCGAGGAAAGUUCUUGUUUCCUCCGUCCGACCAAGUUCACUAAAAGUAAUGUGCUACCGGGUAACAAAGAGAGGAGUCACCUUGAUUUAAGGCAGCGUCAUUCUAGUAAUAUUACAAAAAUAGCAAUAACUCCCAAUGAAUUUACACCUGAGAAGGCAACGGGACCUCGGGACCUCGCUUCUCUUCCUUUUCAGCCAAGAUCAUGCAAUUAACCUAGUUCCCUUUCUUACAUCUUCGAAUGUAAACAAGCUCCCAUCGCGGAGGACGCGUGAGAUAUGGCUUCACAUUAUUUAACGAUGCGAUUACGAGAUAAUCUCGUUUGAGCAGCAAUUAAACUUAUAGAGACACCUAGUACAAGGGCGGCAGAUAUGAACACUUGAUAAAUGCCAUUCAAAUUAAGAACUCGAAACGAUAUUAUUUUCCGGUGUUCCUAAUACUACGUUAGAACAUUGAAUUCUUUCCACUCCCAGUAUUUAAUGUAGAAGUUCAUUAGCGAAUGCAUUCUUAAUUUCACCCUUUUGCUUUUUGAAGGACUUUUAUGGGCUUAUUAACCAAUAAAUGUUUGUAUACUUGAUCAUACCAUUCAUAUUCCGUCCCCAGUCACCAACCUAACUUAUUAUUUUCUAGUCUGCAGCAUCUUUCGACGACAACGAUCACUGGUCAGUCUCUUUAUUCACUUCCCCUUUGUCGUCUGGGAAUUUGUCCGGGUGGACACGAUGUCUGUCACCUGUCUGUCACCCCCUUCUUGCCCGCUUUCUCAAGCGUCUGAAAUUUAAAGCAUAAGUCAUAGUGAUCGGAAUGCAUGUUUUUAUUAUUAUUAUUCUUCUUAUUAUUAUUUUUUGAAGCUCUCCGCUGUACCACGCUCUUUAGGAAGGCAAUUUUGCCGAGAAGUCUUUCACAUCAAACGAGAAGCUUGCCCCCCUGUCCUCAUACGGGGUCUUUGGUUUAGAGUCUAGAGGUGUAGAGGUGUCCAGUUAGGGGCACUCGUGCACGAGUGGUAGGUCACACUAUGCAAAUGGUGACCACUUCCCACGAUUCCUGACUGGCACCAAACCCCAAUUAGUGGGUCCCCGAAGUUUGGCUCUACCUAGCGACCGCACUCCCCUGACCGCUUCGACCGCCUAGCUAAACCAGAUAAGGGAAACCGGCCAAUGUCAACUCGACCCACUCUCCACUAAACAAAACCUUGGUACUUAGAGGAGUUUGGCAGACGUCUGGGGUGUCCAAGCAGCCGUAAUUAGCGAUAGCGCUGCUUAUCCCCUCGUGCAAAACGCGUUAAAAACGUGUCCUGAACAAACGGUGGGAAAUCACGCCAUAUGCUAGCAUACCGGCCGUGUAGACUCAAGACUCUCGGUCGAAAAACAGCUAAGAAAAACAAACACCCUCGUCCGCCUACCCUUCCACUCCACUCCACGGGCUUCUACGGUAAGUUCGCCCACUUUGGCAGUCUGGAAUAUUCGUGCUGCUUUAGAAAAACCGCUGAUAAGCCGACCGGAAAGGAAGAGGACGUUAGCCACUCGAGAACUGGCGCGCAAAAAAGUGGCUGUCGCUCCUCUCAGAGAGAUCCGUUUCUCCGAACGAUGCCAAAUGAAGGAGCUGGGUGCCGGCCACACCUUCUGGAGCGGUUGCUCAACGGUAGAACGAAGUGACGCAGGCAUUGCCUUUGCUAUCCGAAACGACAUCAUGGAACGCCUACUCUGUCUGCCGUAGGACGUCAGCGACCACCCCAUGGGCCUGCUCUUGCCUCUCGCCGGAGAUAAAUUCUCCAGCACCAUCAGCGCCCACGCCUCCAAUGACCAGCUCUGACGAGGCGAAGAAAUGCACUCUACCUGGCGUCUGCGGCGAAGGCAGACAAGCUGGUUGUCCUUGGUGGCAUCAACGCUGCCUGGAUUGGCGUGCUAGGUCCCCAUGGGCUCAGCGGCCGCAACGACAACGACUUUAUUCUUCUGCGAUCUUACGCAGAACACCGCCUCCUCCUGGCCAACACCUUCUUUCGCCUUCCUAAACGCAAGAAGGCAACCUGGAUGGCCCUUCUAUCAUGGCGCCGGCAGCUUCAUGACUAUGUUCUCGUCCAGAGGUGAGAUUUAUAGGAUGUGCCGGUGACCAAGGCUAUCUGCGAUGCCGACGGCUGGACGGUCGGACCCUUAUCUUGGAAAUUAAAAUCUCGCAGAAGACCACAAGAUAAGCGACCACCAGGAAAGUUAAAUGCUGUUGUGAUUUCAGUAAUCGGUUGCCCAAAGAACUGGAAGAUAUGCCGGCCUCAAGCGAAAACGCCUCCGUGGAGACGCAGUGGUCCAAACUACGGGACGACGUCCACUUCAACGUUCUGGGUGUUUUCGGGCGCACAUUUCGCCAACAUCAGGGCUGGUCCGACAACAACUACGCACACAUCCGCAAUCUGCUCGCCAAAAGCACCGGCUGUGCAAAGCCUACACUGAUUAUCGAACCGACGCAAACAAAGCGGCCCUCUUCCAUUAUUGCCGCCCUGUGCAACAACGAUUGCGAGAGAUGCACGACGCUUCGAUGGUUUACAAGGAAUCCAGGGGCAUGUUGACCGCAAUGGAAAAAAAAGAACCAUUUAGCAGCAAUCAAGACAGUCUAUGGCCCCACAGUCAAUGAAACCGCGCCGCUUUUCGGCUCCGACAGAGCAACACUCCUGACGGAGAAAUCUUAAAUGCUGGAGUGCUGGGCCGAGCACUUCAGCAGAGUCUUCUAUCGUUCACCCAGAAUUUCCGACGCCACUGUCAACUACCUCCUCUCCAAUCAGAAACGAAUGACGACCUCGAUCUGCCGCCUUCUCACCUGGGAGCCAUUCGAGGCUAGCACCAGCUCUCCAGCAAGAAAACACUGAGAUCUGACGCGAUUCCGACUGAAGUAAACAGGCACGGCGGCUCCUAGCAGAUGGAUCACCUCAGAACGUUAUCCCCAAAGAUGUGGUGCCCAGGACGAGUUUACAGGAUUUGAAGGAGGAGACAAGCGGAAGGGAAAGCGUCAACUGUGUGAUAACUCCAGAGGAUCUUGCUGCUCAAAAUCGUCGGGCUGAUCUUCGGUCGCAUCCUUCUCAGCCGUCUCAACGACCAUCCCGAACAGGGGCUUGUAUUGGGAAAUCGCUGUGGCUUCCGACGAAACCUCGAAACCACCGACGUGAUCUUCGACGCCGGUGCCAGCUGCGAGAGAUGUGUCAGGAAGUGCAGACCCAUCUCUACACUACAUUUGUGAUCUUGACGAGAGCAUAAGACACGGUGAAUCGCGGUGGACUGUGGAAAACCAUGCAGAAAUUUGGCUGUCCUGAACAUUUCACGCACAUGGUGCUUCACCUCCAAGACAAAAUGAUGGCACGCGUCACGGACAACGAAACCCUCGCAAAAGCAUUUUUAGUAACCAACCGGGUGAAGCAGGGCUGCAUGUUCGCUCCCAAUAUCUUCAGCAUCAUUAUUCCUGACACGAUGAUUGAUGUCUACCUUGACCAGCGCCCCGGCAUCCGCAUCGCCUACAGGACCGACAACCAUCUCCUCAAAAGUCGGCGCACGGAGGCGUCAACGCGUCUGCUCACGAUUAAUGUCCACGACCUGCUCUUCGCUGACGACUGCAAGUUCAGCAUCUUGGUAGACGUAGACGUGCAACGGGGUGUGGACCUCGUCGCCGCCGGCUGCGCCGACUUCUGGCUGGCUAUGAACACGGGAAAAACGGUGGUUUUGCGUCAACCGCCAACCAAUGUUGCACAUAGGGCUCCAGACAUGAACGUCAACGGCACCCACCUGAUAACCGCGGGCAACUUCGCCUGUUGUGGCAGUGCACUCUCACGCCGAAUCAAAAUCGACGACGAAGUGGAUCACCGGAUCUCCAAAGCCUGCCAAGUCGUUGGCCAGUUGCGGGACUCUGUAUGGAAUCGCCACGGUCUCCAUCAGAAGACAAAUGCAAGAUGUGCGAAUCCAUCAUCUUGA